AUGUCCUACUACCCGCCGCCCGCGCAGCAAUGGGCCCAGCAACCGUCCUUCCCCUAUCCCGCCCCUGUCGCCGCUCCAUCCCCCUCCGCCUCCUCCCCCUUUCCCACACCCCCACUCGUCUUCCUAAUCCUCAUAGCAUUCGCAGGAUACCACAUCCUCCGGCGCCAAGAAUCCGCACGCGACCGCUCCAAGGUGCUCGCAAAAGAAGCAGCCAAAGCAGCCAAGGUCGACGCGGCGGAAAUCAAGGCCCUCUCGUCCAAGGAUGUACGGGCGGGCGGUCUCCCAUCUUCGGGGGCGGUAGGUAAUCCCGCUCCGAAGCAGAUCUCGGGGAAGGGUGGGGAUCCGCGUAAAGAUCCGAGCUCGACGAGCUUCCGCAAGAAUUACUUUAUGACGAUGCAGGGGCCAGGGAGGCCGGCGCUGGUGCCGUUCCAAGAUGGGUUGAGGCCGAAGCGGGGUGAGGCGGAGGGCACUAUGUGGUGGGAUAAUGUACCGGAGGAUGUCAAAGAUCUGAUGGCGGCUCCGCUUGACCCGGACAAGCUGAAGGCGAUGAUGAAGAAUCCAUGGAACGAAGCGAUGCUCAAGAAGGAUAUCGAGCUCCUCAAGCUCAAGAAGCAGCACAAGGAGGAGCAAGAGCGAUUCGAGAAGGUCGGUAAUGUCCUCCAUGCCUUGCUGAGCGGUCUCUUGUGUCUUGUGGAUAUGCGCUUGGGUAUCGCGUCAUUCACAUUCUUCCUGUGGCGAUACUUUACCGCGGCGCACAAGACCGAGCUGGAGGAUAAGAAGGAUGAGGUGGAGAAGGAGAAGGCGGAGAUCAUGAAGCGGAUCAGUGAAGCGAGGAAGGCGGCGCCGGAUAGUUCGGCGGCGAAUAGUAUCCAGAGGUUGCAGGCGGACCUCAUGAGGUUGUAG